AUGCGAAAAAGAGGCCUUUUCAGAACCGCUACAAACUUGGACAACCACGCAAUAAACGACCACAUCGGCGAAAAAACUGCCCUCCUCCCUGAUGGCACCUGUGCGCACCCCUACAUGCUCCCCAAUUCCAAGCGCGAGUACUGCACUCUCGCUGGAAGAUUCGAUGUCGGAGUGCACCACGUGAUCUCGGGAGGCCCGCAGUCGAAGAAAAUGUACCGCGACGAUUUGGCAAAUUUGAUCGGUUCCACUUUCUUCCAGCAGUAUUUUUCGCACAUCAAAGACGGGCCCGAUUCUCUCUCUUCCGUCGGCGCUAUCUCCAAAGUCUUCGCUUCUGAACAAUACAAAGCCGUUUCUGAAAAGUUCUGUCCUUCGCCAAAGAAAAAUCAUCAAGAAAUGAUGGCGCUGACGGUUUUGCUUCCUGGAUCGGAACUGGCUGUUCAUUACGACAAUCCGUAUUUCAUGGAGUUUUCGAGGGAGAGUACCCCGGUUUGGCUGCUAGUUGCGCUGAGGCAAAGUGGAGUGAUCAAUGAGAAUGAAGUUCCGCAGAUUCAAGGAGUUGCAUACAUUCACGGAAACGAAACAAACCCAUAUGUCGACGGAGGCGAUUUCGUCUUCUGGCCACAUGGUCCAAAAGGCGAAAAGUACUCUUUUCGAGCAAAACAUAAUUCCGCUAUUAUUGUUGACGGAGUAAAAACAGCGCACGGGGUUGAAACUUUUCGUCCGAAUUCGAAGGCUUUUAUUGCCAACAAAGACAAAGCAACUGAGCUCAGAUACAAGGAGGGCGAAACGUGGGAGCUUUUUGAAGACGGAAAAUUCAUCCGAACUUUUGAUGAGUCGGAAAUCCGAAUCGGAGUCGUUUGGAGAACACUCUGUCUUGAUGAUGAAAAUCAAUAUGAAACUUGGAGAAAAACUAGAAAUGACAAAUCUUCUCAAGACGCGGUCGAGAUUUUGAAGAAAAAACUCAAAGAAGAUGGAAAACCCAUUCCAAGUGACCCGGUUGAACUUGCAAAAUCAUUUGUCGAAGCUUAUGUCGAAUAUCCUUUUGGCGACGGAAUCAUUCCUUACAACUUUUGUGCCUUGACCGAAAUCAUUCCUCAAAAUUUCAAAUCCUACGCAAAAAUGCUUCUUGAUCCGCUUUGCAAAAUAUAA